AUGCAAGGUGGACCAGUACUCCAGGUACUCCAGCCGUUGUGGGUUCUCCAACAGCAGCUGGUGCAACCUGAUCCAUUACAGCAUCCCCAGAGCUUCCGUCCACUCUACUCUGGUCCACCGGGCGCAGCACCUCCCGCGCUACCCCAUAGUUCACCUCCACUUCCACCCAUCAGGCGCGCAGCGUCGCAGACUCCGUUGCCUGAGGAAAGUCCAGCAAAGAGACAGUCGAAAUGGGGCCAAGAGGAGGAUAAUCUAAUUAUCGAGCUCAGAGGAACAGGAAUGAAAUGGGAGGACGUUGCGAAGCACUUCCCAGGGCGAUCAGCCAUCGCUUGCCGACUCCGAUACCAGAAUUACCUCGAGAAGCGCGCAGUCUGGGACGAGGAGAAAAAAAACAAGCUCGCGAGGCUUUACGCCCGAUUCAAGGACCAGAUGUGGCAAAUGGUUGCUUCGGAGAUGAAAAUCCCCUGGAGGUCCGCCGAGAGCAUGCACUGGCAGCUGGGCGAGCAAGAAAUGAGCGCCCGCGCCAACGCUCCCGUCUUCCAGCUCCACCCUUCUGCUACUGGUACUGGUAUGUCUUCGCCUCCUAGCGGCCGUCCCGCAACGCCGCAUUUCACGCCUGCCAACACCCCGCAAACGCAAAGCCCAGCACCCGGACAACACCAUCAAUCGCAACCGCAUCCGGCUCAUCUCCAUCACCAACGCGCCGACGGCGGGUCCGCGCCCCACUCACGUCGCAACAGCUCUGACGGUUCGAGAUCACGAUCCAGCCUGCCGCUAGUGUCCGAGAGUGAUUUAGCAAGUGGCGCUAGGGCGGCACUGGUGUUGGAGACGGGGCAGAAGAGGGAUCGAGAGAGUGUUGGCUUUGUCGAACCGUAUCUUAAAAAGAGGAGGGAGUCUGGGUCUGUAGAUAUGAAGGGGACGAGGAGUGCGGAGAGUAUAUCGCAGCGCAGUGGGAUGGAGAAUAGGAUGGAGAGUGGGACUGAGAGUGGGACGAAAGAGGAAGUAGUAGAGUUAAAGAAGGAGUGAAAUUGUCUGGCUAGGAUAUGCAUGUCCUCCCAGCCCGCAUUCCAUCUGAGGGUCACCUCCCUCGCGCACUAGACCGCUCCCCUAGCGUUCUUCUGCAUAUUGAAGGCCCUUGUCACACUCCUGCAUCGACCCGCUCUGAAAUUCCUGUCUGCUUGCAAGCCACAUGCAUAUGCACCUUCUCCAAAACUAUUGAUAAGGCCACGGAUAUCCGUCCUCAAAGGUUUCCCACCUCGAUCCUCUCUGGCAUAGAGGCGCCUGGCUGAAUCUCUUUACGCGCUGCUCAGGUUGCUUUCUGCAUUAUCACCUGAAUCCACAAUGUC